CGUUCGAGCCGCAACCCGGGCACUGCGAUCGGUGGCUCGACCCGCGACUUUCGCCCACUUUGCCUGCCGCGGGCGCUUCCGGUUCCGGUACAGGCACAGCGCGGGAUCUAAGGCCCCGAGCAUGGCGGGGAGCCGGCUGGAAACCGUGGGGAGCAUUUUCACGCGGACGCGAGACCUGAUUCGGGCUGGAGUGUUGAAGGAGAAACCCCUUUGGUUUGACAUAUAUAACGCCUUCCCUCCGCUGCGGGAGCCGGUCUUCCGAAGGCCUCGCUUGCGAUAUGGCAAAGCUAAAUCUCCCACCCAGGACAUCUUUUACCACGAGGAUCAGAUUAGAGCGAAAUUUUAUGCAGCCUAUGGAUCUGGUCCAAAAGCUUUUGAUCUGUUCAACCCAAACUUCAAGUCUACCUGUCAACGGUUCGUGGAGAAGUACACUGAGCUACAGAAUCUUGGAGAAACAGAUGAAGAGAAGUUAUUUGUGGAAGCAGGGAAAGCUUUGUUGGCAGAAGGUGUCAUUUUAAGACGAGUAGAAAAAGCAAGGACUCAACAGGAAGGUAGUCAAGUGUCCCGGAAAUCUGAAUCCAUGGGUAUCGAAUCCCAAACUGCGUUGGAGGAGAACCCGCCUCUGAAAGAAGUUCCGCAGGCCUAGCGUCUGGAGUCACCUGGGGAAGAGUCCAAAGGCCUCUCACCUCCCUGAAGAACGUGUAUGCUGUGUACACUGCCAUCCAAGCUGGAUUCACUACUGGAAUGUUGAACUGUUUUUAACAGUUGAACUUUGUAAAUGUUUCCUGAUCUCUGAGGCAUGGUGUUUGCCUUCUUUGGGUUCCCACUUGUAGGUUGUCAUAAAGCUCUGUAUUAUGGUUUGAAGAAGCAGUUGUGUGAACUUUUAUGUUAUGGUGGUAUUAAAUAAAGAAUUCCUCGGUGCUUAUAAAGUAAA